AAAGCGACACCAAAAGUAUGUCUGUUACAACAGAUCACAUCCGUGACAAACUAAUCAAGGAGAUCGGAGCGGUGCAUGUGGAAGUUGAAGACACAUCCCCUAACAGAUGUGCUGCCAGCUUCAAAGUUCUAAUAGUGUCUCCCCAGUUUGAGGGGAAACCACUGCUGGCGAGACACAGGAUGGUGAACACCUGCUUGGCUGAAGAGCUAAAAGAGAUCCAUGCCUUUGAACAGAAGACGCUGACACCAGAACAGUGGGAGAAACAGAAAGCACAGUGAUGAAGACACACACUGACCAUAUUUACUUGACAACUUAUUAUGUGUAAAUAAGCAACACUUGCUCACACAAUAUUGACUUUCUGGCCUAACAUAUAUUUAAUUUCAGUCAAUGAUGACUGAAAUUAAGUAUUAAACAUGAUGACAAAACAAUCCUGGUCUGAAUUCCUUAAUGAUUGAAUGAGUGUACUGAAACUUCACUUUCAGUUUUUGUUGUGGAGGUAUGUGAUUAUUACUGACAUUAUACCAAAUUGUUAUUAGGAAUGGAACAACGCAUAACACGGAACAGGCAGAAAAACUAAAAUGAAAUCUUAUCACUUAAAUAAACCAUUACUGCUUUUGUUCGGUCAUAACAAUGAAUGACUUGACUCAAGGAAAUGGCUUUUCAGAUUGGAAAGCCCCAAAUAAAGUUAUUUAUGUGAGAUCAAGUGUGUAAAUGAAUAAAAUGGGCUGGUACAGCUUUGAGAAUUG